AUGAAAGGCCUCGGUGACAGCCGCCCCCGCCACCUGUCCGACAGCCUGGACCCACCACACGAGCCCCUGUUCGCAGGGCCUGAUCGCAACCCCUACCUGCUAUCGCCCACGGAGGCCUUUGCCCGCGAGGCUCGCUUCCCCGGGCAGAAUGCUCUGCCGGGGGACGGGCUCUUCCCGCUCAACAACCAGCUGCCACCACCGAGCAGCACCUUCCCCCGCAUCCACUACAACUCCCACUUCGAGGUGCCAGAGGAGAGCCCCUUCCCCAGCCACGCCCAGGCCACCAAGAUCAACCGGCUGCCCGCCAACCUUCUGGACCAGUUUGAGAAGCAGCUGCCUAUCCACCGCGAUGGCUUCAGCACUCUCCAGUUCCCCCGCGGGGAGGCCAAGGCCCGGGGUGAGAGUCCUGGCCGCAUCCGCCACCUGGUCCACUCAGUCCAGCGGCUCUUCUUCACCAAGGCGCCCUCCCUGGAGGGCACGGCAGGCAAGAUCGGCGGCAAUGGCGGCAAGAAAGGUGGCCUGGAGGACGGCAAGGGCCGGAGGGCCAAGAGCAAGGAGCGGGCCAAGGCUGGGGAGCCCAAGCGGCGCAGCCGUUCCAACAUCUCGGGCUGGUGGAGCUCCGACGACAACUUGGAUGGUGAGGGUGGCACCUUCCGCAGCGGUGGCCCAGCCUCUGGACUGAUGACACUAGGCCGCCAGACAGAACGCAGCCAGCCACGCUACUUCACGCACGCCUACAACACCAUCAGUGGGCACGUGCUCAGAGCCGCCAAGAACAACACCGCCGAGCUGACAGCCCCGCCACCUCCGCCGGCACCGCCGGCCACCUGCCCCAGCCUUGGGGUGGGCGCUGACACCAACUAUGUCAAGCGGGGCUCCUGGUCCACCCUGACCCUCAGCCACGCCCAUGAGGUCUGCCAGAAGACCUCAGCCACCUUGGAUAAGAGCCUGCUAAAGUCCAAAUCCUGCCACCAAGGUCUUGCCUACCAUUACCUGCAGGUGCCCGGAGGCGGCGGCGAAUGGACCACCUCGCUGCUGUCCCCGCGCGAGGCGGACUCCACGGGCGAGGGCCCCAUCCCGUGCCGGCGAAUGCGCAGCGGCAGCUACAUCAAGGCCAUGGGCGACGAGGACAGUGACGAGUCCGGCGGCAGCCCCAAGCCCUCCCCCAAGACGGCGGCGCGGCGCCAGAGCUACCUGAGGGCCACGCAGCAGUCGCUGGGAGAGCAGAGCAAUCCCCGCAGGAGUCUGGACCGCCUGGAUUCAGUGGACAUGCUGCUGCCCUCCAAGUGUCCGAGCUGGGAGGAGGACUACAACCCCGUCAGCGACAGCCUCAACGACUCCAGUUGCAUCAGCCAGAUUUUUGGACAGGCCUCCCUGAUCCCCCAGUUGUUUGGCCACGAGCAGCAGGUACCAAGAUGGCCUGAGACAUGGGUCAGACAGACCCUUCCAGAACCCUUGGAGAGUGUAUGUAUGGUACGGGAGGCAGAUCUGAGCGACCAGUAUGAGGCAGCCUGCGAGUCGGCCUGCAGUGAAGCAGAGUCGACCGCGGCGGAGGCUCUAGACUUGCCGCUGCCCAGCUACUUCCGCUCCCGCAGCCACAGCUACCUGCGCGCCAUCCAGGCGGGCUGCUCGCAGGAGGAGGACAGUGUUUCCCUGCAGUCCCUUUCCCCCCCUCCCAGCACUGGCAGCCUCAGCAAUAGUCGCACGCUUCCGAGGGUCACCCCUGCUCAGAAGGCUGCCCCCUGUCCUCAGCAUAUGUCUCCAAGAAGUGAGCAGUCCGGGGCCUGUCCCCCACCUAGGGCUGUUCUGAGCCCCCAGUCGCUGAGGGGCAUGAAAGCUCUUUGUCACCCUCACAUGGGCACAUAUGCUCUCAGGCCAUAUGCCAGCAG